GAGCUUCUUGUCUAUACAACCCAUCAUAAGCAUGGCUUUCUGGCUUCUCCAGUUGGCUCUUUCGAGUCCCAACAUUAGCCUCGCAAUAAUUAUCGCCCUAUGUACCUUUGCCGCAUGGUAUGGUCUCCUGGCAUUUCGAUCAUGGCAUCGACUCCGCCAGUUCCCAGGGCCCUGGUUCGCCUCCUUCAGUUAUCUAUGGGGUUACUUCGCUAUGAGCACAGGCCGAAUGCAUCUUCGACUUGCCGAGGAACAAGACAGAUAUGGCAAGAUCAUGCGCAUUGGCCCGAACGAGCUACUUGUGUACGACCCCCAGACCCUGUGCCAGAUCAACAACGUGCGGUCCAACUAUGACCGUGGCGCCUGGUAUAACAGCAUUCAAUUCGACCCUUAUGGCCAUAGUGUGCUGUCCGAGCCGGACACGGCAAAACACGACAAGCGCAAGGCGAAAUUGGCGGGCGGAUAUGCUGGGAAGGGCGCUGUGGACCUCGAGGCCAAGGUAGAUUCGCAGAUAGCGGUCCUCGUGAAACUUCUCAGAUCCAAGUGUAGUGGGAAGGAGAAAUCGCAUAAUAUCAUCGACUUUAGCCGUCUCAUCAGGUUCUUUCAAGUCGAUAUUGUCACGCUUGCCGGGUCCGGUGAACCGUGGGGUAACCUCGCCUCCGAAACGGACCGGUUUGAUUUCAUCUCGAUAGCAGAUUCAUUCGUGCCUUUCCUGCACUCGUUCAUGAUGAUUCCCACUUUGCGGGACUUCUUCGCCUCCAAGUUCUUCCUCAAGCUGGCUGGGCCAAAACAUACAGACCAGAAAGGAAUGGGCAGGUUUCUGGGUAUCGUUAAGGAGGUCGUGUCUAAGCGCUUUGACGAGUCGGUGUGUGACAGGUACACCCAAGGCGAUAUGUUGGACGAGUGGAUCAAUAACGGCUUGACACGUCGCGAAUGUGAACUUGAACUGGCUAUCCAAGUUCCCGCUGGCUCGGAGACAUCGACGACUGCGAUACGAGGAAUCAUGCUUUACCUCUUAUCUUCGCCUCCUGUGUACAAGAAGCUGCAGGACGAGAUUGCCGUAGGGGUUGCAGAAGGCCGUAUCUCGAGCCCCAUCACGAACGAGGAGGCUAAAAGGCUUCCGUAUCUCCAGGCCGUCAUCAAUGAAGGACUGCGCAUGGUGCCACCGGCUAUCACAGGCUUCCCCAAGAAAGUCCCGGCGGGCGGAGAUAUACUCUGUGGCAUGUUUGUCCCGGAGGGAACAGAUAUCUUUGUCAAUCUCUGGGCCAUGCUGCGUAAUCGAGCCGUAUUUGGGCCUGACGCGGAUGUCUUCCGGCCUGAGCGAUUCCUCGAGUGCACUGAUGAGAAGAAGGCUGAGCUUAUGAGAAGCAUAGAUCUUGCUUUUGGCCAUGGCCGAUGGCAGUGUCCUGGGAAGACGCUUGCAUGGCUGGAGUUGAACAAGAUUUUUGUCGAGAUAUUGCGAGCGUGUGACCUCCAGAUUGUGAAUCCGCAGACGCCAUGGCGAUGUCGAGGCUACUCGAGCUUUCUGAUAGAUGACUUUUGGGUUCGUUUAAUUGAGAAAGCGACCUGA